UUUGAUAAAAAUUUGUUCGCAGUAUCCGUACGUCUAUCAUCGUCGUCAGAUCCGCGAGUAGUUUUGCAAUAAAGUAACACCUUUGACAGUGAAGCAAGACGCCAGAAAAUGGGGAAGGAUGACGCGGAGACGGUAGCUUUGAAAAAAGAAUUAGAAGAUCUGAUCAACAAAUGCAAGGAAGAUCAAAAGAAGCAACAAGAUGCAACAUUGGAGGAAUCGUGUAGCAGCGUGCCAGAUGCGCCGAAAGUUAAAUUAUCUACGAAAAAGUUGCUAAAGGGACACAUUAACAAAGUGAAUUCGGUGCAUUAUAGCGGUGAUAGUAGGCAUUGCGUGACUGGCUCGCUAGACGGGAAAUUAAUCAUCUGGGACUCGUGGACUGGAAAUAAAGUUCAGGUAAUUCCAUUACGUUCGGCGUGGGUGAUGUCGGUAGCUUUUGCACCCUCGGGGAAUUUCGUUGCCUGCGGUGGUAUGGACAAUAUGUGCACUGUCUACGAUGUGAACAAUCGUGACGCAACGGGAUCGGCAAAAAUCGUUCGAGAAUUACUAGGAUACGAAGGUUUCCUCUCAUCCUGCAGAUUCUUGGAGGACAAGAGGAUCAUCACUGGAUCCGGUGACAUGAAAAUUUGUAUAUGGGAUUUGGAGGCGAACAAGAAGACUACCGACUUUUGCGCGCAUGCUGGAGAUGUGGUUAGUAUUAGUUUAGCUCCAGACGGGAACACAUAUAUUACCGGAUCAGUGGACAGAACAUGCAAGCUAUGGGACGUAAGGGAAGAGAAGGCGAAGCAAACUUUCUUUGGGCAUGAAGCUGAUGUCAACUCUGUUUGUUAUCAUCCUUCGGGAUAUGCUUUUGUAACGGCAUCGGAAGACAAAACGGCGAGAUUGUGGGACUUAAGGUCAGAUCAGCAGUUAGCUACGUUUAAGCCUCCAAAUUCAAAUCCUGGAUACACAUCUUGCGGUUUAUCCUUCAGCGGAAGAUUCAUAUUCUGUGGAAGCGAUGAUAAUUCCAUUCAUAUAUGGGAUACAUUGAAAAAUGUACAUAAUGGUGUUUUAACGGGUCACGAAAACCGAGUGACAUCACUCAGCGUUUCUGGAAAUGGUAUGGCUGUUGCUACUUGCUCCUGGGACCAAAAUGUUCGAAUUUGGGUGUAGAAAAAGAAAGUAUUGCUCCAAUAAUAUUGAAGAAAACUGGAGAAAAAAUAAAAGAGAAAGGAAUCCUA